ACGACAAUCUACAUCGAAACAACACAACCACAAAGCCAGCCUUUGACGCAAACCCCGAAUUCCUUCUCCCUUUACCUACCCGCGACACCCGAAAUCGCAACAGGAUUGUGGCGAUACACUCGCUGCUGCCAUGGAAGAGGUCGCGCAGCCCGCACAGGGAGCGCUGAGUUGGCGGCUCAGCUCCCAUCCGAUUACGUUGCUCACGUUUCUGGGCUUUCGAAUAUCGAGCGUUCUUAUUUACUUUUUGGGAUUAUGGGUCAUCAAGAGCAUGAUCAUGAUCUUCAUCAUUACGAUUUUGUUGCUGGCCGCGGACUUCUACUACCUCAAGAACAUUGCGGGCCGGCGGCUGGUCGGCCUGCGGUGGUGGAACGAGGUCGACCCUCAGACGGGCGAGUCGCAGUGGGUGUUUGAGAGCCUGGAGCCGGGCACGCGGGUGAUCAACGCGACGGACAGCCGAUUCUUCUGGCUGGCGCUGUACGUGCAGCCUGUGUGGUGGAUUCUCAUGGCGAUAUUGGCGAUUAUACGGCUGCAGUUUUUGUGGCUGCCUCUUGUUGCGAUUGCGUUGGCUCUUACCAUCAUCAAUACGCUGGCAUUCUCUCGGUGCGACAAGUUUAGCCAGGCAUCGAACUUUGCUGGGGGUGCUUUUGGAUCGACCAAUUUGGCGGGCAGCAUUGCGAGCAACUUUGUCAGCCGCAUGUUCAGAUCGUAACUUAGAGAUGAAGAAACAGAGAAUGUGCGGAUCUCUGCAGGAGCGGCAUAUUGUUUUUUUUUUUUUUUUUU